UAUAAAUAGCGGGACGAAGGGUGCUGCCGGCAGCCGAGAGCGGGUGAGAGGAGCGUGCCGUCGUGCCGAUGGAUUUCCAAGCCGGUAUCCUGCGGGAUGGCAACCCCAUGGAGAGCCUGGAGAAGCAGCUCAUCUGCCCCAUCUGCCUGGAGAUGUUCAGCAAGCCGGUGGUGAUCCUGCCCUGCCAGCACAACCUCUGCCGCAAGUGUGCCAACGACGUCUUCCAGGCUGCCAACCCAUACUGGCAGAGCCGGGGCAGCGUGAUUUCGGGGGGACGGUUCCGGUGCCCGUCGUGCCGCCACGAGGUUCUGCUGGACCGUCACGGUGUCUAUGGGCUGCAGAGGAACCUGCUGGUGGAGAACAUCAUCGACAUUUACAAGCAGGAGUGCUCCAGCAGGCCGCUGAAGAAGGGGGAGCACCCCAUGUGUAAGGAGCACGAGGACGAGCGGAUCAACAUCUACUGCGUCACCUGCGAGGUCCCCACCUGCUCCAUGUGCAAAGUCUUCGGUUCCCACAAGGACUGCGAGGUCGCCCCGCUGCAAACUGUCUUCCAGGGCCAGAAGACGGAGCUGAACAACUGCAUCUCCAUGCUGGUGGCGGGGAACGACCGGAUCCAGACGAUCAUCUCCCAGCUGGAGGACUCGUGCCGGUGCACCGAGGAGAACAGCGAGGCAGCCAAGCAGGAGCUCUGCGCUCGCUUCGAUGCCUUGGCAGCGCUGCUGGAGGAGAAGAAGUCGGAGCUGCUGCAGCGCAUCACCCGUGAGCAGGGCGACAAGACGGGCUUCGUCCAGGGCCUCAUCUGCCAGUACAAAGAGCAGCUGGAGAAAUCAAGCCGACUGGUGGAGACGGCCAUCCAAGCCAUGGAGGAGACCGGGGGGGCCGCCUUCCUCAUGAACGCCAAGCAGCUCAUUAAAACGAUCGUGGAGGCCUCCAAGGGCGGCAGGCUGGAGAAGAUCGAGCACGGCUACGAGAGCAUGGACGCCUUCUCGGUGAGCCUGGACCACCUCGCCGAGGCGGUCCGCGCCUUGGACUUUGAGCCCGCCGAGGAAGACGAGGAGUACUUCGACGGGGAGGAAGAAGAGGUGGAGGAAGAUGUGGCGCCCGAGGGGACGGUGAUGGGUAAGGGGUGGCACGGCUGAGCCCACCUCCCUGGGACCCUCAAGCACCCAUGGAGGAGCUUCGGGGGCUUGGACCCCCCUCUACCCCCCCCAUCCUCUCCCCCUGGCAGCUUCCCAGUAGCCGCAGCGACGUUGCCGGCGCAGGAGAAACGCUGCGGGCGCAGGAUGUCCGGCGAUGGGACUCGGGACCGGGGGGGGGACAUGCCGCGGGGGCCGGUGGUCUUGCGAGCCGGCGCCUGCUCCAGCAUGGGACACUUUUCUAUACGGGUGCAAAGAGGACAAUUCCGCACGUUUUAUAUCUUUCUUGUUUUGUAUAUAAUUGUCACGGAUUUGAAUUUUUUGUGUAUUUUGUAAAGAAAACUGGUGGUUUGGGUGGUUUUUUUUUUCCCUCGCCUCUUGUUCUCGGCUUGCCAGCCCUGCGAUGGGCACUGGGGAUACAGGUGGGUUUGCCGGGCUGGUGCUGUCACCGGUGUCCCUGCCAGCACCCAGUGUGGCAGUGGGAUGCUUCCCAGUCCAACACUUAAUUUUCAGCCUCAUUAGCACCUCCAGCAGCACUGGCACCCCGUGCCUGGCCGCCUGCCUGGGAUGUAACAGGUUGGCACCCGGCAGGAUUUAUCUCCCGGUGAUGGGGUGCCCGGGGCCAGUGCUCGCCCGGGCCUGGAGAUAUGGGGGACAGGGAGGAUGCUCUGAGCUGUGCCAGUCCCCAAAACAGGGGUGGCCCCGGCAUCGAGCUGCCGGUUUGCUGCCGGGUGAGCUCACACGACUGCAAAAACAUACCACGAAUGCAAAAACAUACCACGAAUGCAAAAAUAUACUACGAAUGCAAAAAUA